GGCUUGGAGAUUCUAAUGUACAGUCAGAAUUGAGAAGCAUUCCUCUAAAACAGAGGUCUUGACUUUGGCAUAUAUUAUAACCACUUAAAGAACUUUGAAAAAUACUGAUAACUGGGUCUGACCCUGGGAUUCUGAUUUAAUUAGCCUGGGAUGAAGCUGGGCAUCAGUGUUUCUAAAAGCUCCCAAGAGAAUUUAAUGUUAGACCCAGUGUCCCCCAGACCAACGAUUUCAUUUUGCAGAUGGGAAACUGGAGCCCAGAGAUGGGAAUGUAUUCCAAAGUCACACAGCAAAUUCCUUCUCUCAUACUGCAGAGCACAAAACACUCACCUCCUUUGUUUGUUUCUCUGAUCAUUCACUUCCAUACAAACAAGCUCAUUUAAUCCUCACAACUCCUGGUGAGGUGGUGGGCAGCCAUUACUCCCACUUUAGAGGAGGAGGUCAGGGAAGAAAACUGUCUCAGUGACUCACCUAAGAUAGAGGUAAGAACCUAGAAUGUCCAGUCCCUAGUCCAGUGCUCUUUUAACCUCAUCCCAUUGUCAUAUACAGGUUCUAGAAUAAACAGGUCAGUGCUGUGAGGUGGGUUCCAGGUGUACAGGGGAAGGACUAUGAAGCGACAUUCUAGAAUGGUGGAAAGGGUAGGAGAGGAGGCGGGUGACUGUUCCCUCACAAAAGGGGGCUUUGGGGCAGCCAUGUCCUAUUUCACGUCUCCACAAGCUCAUCAAGGUCUUCUGUCUUCCAGCCAAGGUGGGGCUGCCUCUCCGGGCUCAUCCCUUGGUCUCUAUAGUCCUAUAGAGCCAGUGGUGGUGGCCUCAGGUGGACCAGGCCCACUGAGCCAGCAAGCUGAGCAGCUGGUACCUGCUGCCCAGGCCUGGGGCCCGGCCCUGGCAGUGCCGGAAGCCAGGGGCUGCCCUGGGGGGGCUGGCUGGGAGAUCCUGCAGCGCAAGGAGUACGGCCGACACAACCACAAACUCCCCCACGUGAUGCAGCCGGAGAGCUUGGGCUGGGAGGACGGCUGCUCCCGGGCCGGCGCUCCCCACCUGGGUGGCCCUGGCAGGCCCGGGCCCCUGCUGCUGCGUGGGCUGUCACCGGGGAUUUUACGGAUGCCCCCUGAGGCCGGGGGGAAGGAGGCUGGCUCCCAGCCUGACAUCUGCAUCCUUACCCUGGCCAUGAUGAUCGCUGGCAUCCCCACCGUGCCAGUCCCAGGCCUGCGGGAAGAGGACCUGAUCCGGGCGGCUCAAGCUUUCAUGAUGGCCCAUCCGGAGCCAGAGGGGGCAGGGGAGGGGGCGCGAUGGGAGCAGGCCCGUGCCCACACAGCCUCGGGGCAAAUGCCCCUAAUGAGACCCAGGAGAGGCCAGCCUCCUAGCCCCUGCUUGUAGCUGGAUGAAAUAGCACCAGACACAUA